CACGCGCGCUGCGCCCUUCUGUCCGAAGCCGCAGGUGCCCAACGACCUGGCCGGCACUGUGUACGACUUCGAUGACGACGAGCUGGACGACCUGCCGAAGACGCCACGCGGCCGCAUGCGGCCGGUGCGUGAGCGCUUCCUCAGCACGGACGUGGGCUCGGACCGGGCCGGCUCCGCCAUGUCGGAGCCGGCCGACGACGCGUCGAGCCGCUCGUCGCUGCCGGCGGCGGCGCCGCUGCCGCAGGUGCUGCCCACGCUAACGCAGCCGGGUGCCUCCGAGACCAGCAUGGAGUCGGCCGGCACGCCACCAGCGCUGCAGGAGGCGGCUGCCGUCGAGGCCGAGGAGCCAGCGGCGUCGGCCGCGCCAUGCGCCGCCGACGCGCCGCCCGAACUGCCACUGGCCGCGCCCAUCGAGAGCGUCCGCGACGAACGCAACCAGCUCAAGCUCAAAAUCAAGGGCCCGUUCCUCAACCCGAGCUACAACGUGCAGCCGGUGGCGGCGGCGGCGUCGGAGGCGCUGCCGGCGACGCCCAGCGCCGCGGCCGUUGCCGCCGCCGCCGUGGCCGUCAACUCCAAUCUGCGCAAGCGCAAGAAGGAGUUGAUCCGGCAGUACGUCAACAGCACGGAGACGGAGGGCGCGGCCGAGCCGGCGCCGCCGCAGGAGGAUAGCUCGGUGGUCAGCCAGCGCUUCAUCUGUCCCAAGGCGGUCAAGUCUGUGAGCAGCGCGCCCACGCGCGACGACUACCGCGGUGCCGUGGCCGGCAAGGAGGAGGGCGGCGCGGCGGCGGCGGCGCUGCUGCCGAAGCGGCGCGGUCGGCUGGCGCGCGAACCUGCGGCGGCGGCGGUCACUGCGCAGGAGGCUGUGCCGCACAAGCUGCGCAUCAGCCUCGGCAAGGACGGGCGUGGAAGCGAGCUGAAGCCGCCGAAGAAGCGGACCGGUGAGCUGUCGGCGGCGGCCGGCGAACUGUCUGUGUUCGAGAAAAUUCGGCAGGACAAUCUGCAGUUCGGUGACCAGAUGCUGGCCAGCUUCGACCAGGAACCGCCGCAUAAGAAGGGCAAGAAGAAGAAAAAGAAGAAAGACAAAGACCGCGACAAGGAGAAGAAGAAACGAGACAAGUCUCACAAACACUCCAAAGUACAAAUUAUUAAUAACGAUACUGCCGCGGCGCCGAAGCUGAUUAUCAAACUGGGCGGCCGCAAGCCGAGCGACUCGCCGUCGGCGUCGGGCGGCGGCGCCGAGACCCCGCCGCCGCCGCUCUCUCAGCCCACGCCGCCGCCCAGCGACGACAGCGGCGGCCACAAGGACCUGGUGGUCAAGAUCAAGCCGUUGGCGGCCGAGCCGGAGCCGGGCCGCCUGCAGCCGCUCAAGCUGACGCUGUCGCGGCGCGGGCCGGCCUUUGCCAGCGCGCCCGGGCCGCCGGCGUAG